AUGACGAAGCAAGAUGAAACUUCCUUACCGGGCGAUGCGGGAGUCGAAGCCGGUACAGAGGCCAUUGACUAUGACGAUCCACAGAAUUGGUCCAAGUCAAGAACAAUCUUGUCGGUCGUGAUAUUUUCCUUUUUGGCCAGUGUGUCUCCCUUGGCAUCGACAAUCACAGCACCAGCGCUUCCGGUCAUCGGAAAAGAUCUAGCCAUUUCUUCUAGGCCAGUGCUUCAAUUCACUCUAUCUAUAUAUGCCUUGGGCUAUGCUUUCGGGCCGCUCGUGCUGGCACCCAUGUCCGAGGUCUACGGCCGGGUAUGGGUUGCCCAGCUGAGCGGGCUCUGGUUCUUAGUCUUCAACCUGGCCUGUGCAUUCGUUCAUUCCGGAGGCGCACUUCUGGCUCUGCGCUUCCUAGCUGGCCUAGGCAGCUCCACUACCCUCAGCGUAGGGUCCGGUGUCCUGGCAGAUUGCUAUAGGCCAAAGAACAUGGGGUCCGCUGUCGCAAUCUACAGCCUUAUGCCAGUUGUGAGUCCCAUCAUGGGACCGAUCAUAGGUGGAUUUGUGUCGCAGAACACCUCAUGGCGAUGGAUUUUCGUGGCCGUAUCCGCUUGGGAUGCAAUCAUCCAGAUCGUGGCAUUGUUCUUCCUGAAUGAAACCUAUGCGCCAGUCAUCCGAGCCCGCAAGCUCCAUGGCACAUGGUUCGCAAAGCCAGCAAUUGAAGGCUCCCAGUUCCGCGAGAAUCUCAGACGUGCCGGUCGCAGCGUGCGUUUACUCGCAACGAAACCUCUGAUUCAAGUCCUUGCUCUCCACCUGGGCUUUCUCAAUGGAGUUUCAUACAUUAUGAGCUCGACCUUCCCACUCGUCUGGUCAGAGGUAUACCACUGGAGUGUGGAGAUGGGCUCGCUCAACUACAUUGCUCUGGGACUCGGUGCUAUACUUGGUGCACAGGUGUGUACACGGGUGAACGACCGCGUCUACGCCAUGCUUUCUGCCCGCAACAACGGCGUUGGAUCACCGGACUAUCGCCUCCCGACUAUGCUGGCGGGCACACUCAUUGCACCAUGCGGACUUCUUUGGUAUGGAUGGUCGGCCGAAGAGAAAGUGCAUUGGAUUAUGCCCGAUAUUGGUGGUCCGAUCUACAAUGCCGGCUUCAUGACUGCCUAUAUCAAUGUACGAAUCUACGUUAUCGAGUUCUAUGGAGCGUCGACUGCAGCGUCUGCCGUUGCUGCAGUAUCUUUGUUGCAGUACUUGUUUGGCGGCCUCUUUCCGCUGUUUGGUUCGGAUAUUCUUCAUUCUAUCGGAUUUGGUCGUACGAAUAGCGUGCUGGCUGGGGUAAGUCUUGGGUUGGGUCUCCUUGCUCUGGGAACGCUGUGGAAAUUUGGACCAAGAUUGCGUGAGAAGAGCAAGGAAAAUGAGAAGCAGCCAACGAGUUCGAGUUCGUAA